UGCAAAGCGCUUCUUGCUUGCGGCGCGAAACAAAACGAGAAAGUUUAGCUAGCAUGUUAUGACAGCCAGCUAGAUCUGCACCGUUUCUAAAAUGGCUAAAUUCUUACUUUGAUGAAGUCGUGCAUCGUUAUUAGCCAUAAAAGUUAACAAAGUUAUUACAACUUGUGCUAACAGUGGCGUCGGAUUUGCCUAUUGUUGAUUGUUAGUGUUGUUAGUAAGUCGUGUGCUCCAUUAGCUUUAUUUUUUAUAAAACAUAAGUAAAUUAGUUCUUCCAACGGCGGCUAGUAAGGCUUGCUUGCUUUAUCUCAUGUUUAUUUAUCUCAUGUUUGCCAGUGAGAAUGGCAGAAAGUUCUUUAUUGCUACAGGAAAAUCCGUUGCUUUUGCCUCUCAACAAAGAGAAAACUAUUUAUGAUGGGUUCAUUACUGUUCAGGAGUUAGACUUCCGAAUAAGAAUACUAGUUCCAUCCGACCGCCAACUAAAGAAUUCAAAUUCUUCUGUCUUGAGGCUACAGUGCUGUUGGCGCUUGAAACGGCUACUUCACGGAUACCAGCAUGUAAUAAAAAAGAGAUUGCAACAUUCAUCAGAUCUUGUCAGUUUUAUUUUGGAGCUUAAAACAGUUUUGGAAGUGGCUGUGAAGCGCAGAGGGGCGUGUCCAGCAGCCCCUCCCCCUCAGUACUACCAGCGUCUCAUUGGAGAGAUCGGCAGCCUGGGCUGGGAUAAGCUGCUCUUCCUGGACGCGGAGCUGCGGUCUCUGAGGCUGGGGGCGCAGGACUCCGCCGGGCGCCAGCACACCGUGGCGCUCAAGCUGAAGCCCAAGCACCCAGCUGAGGCCCCAGAGUGUUCAGCAGACCUGCCACUUCCCCUGAACAUCACCUGGACACCACAGAGCACCCUCCUGGACGUCCACGCUCAGUUCCUGUCCGCUCUGGAGUCCCUGCAGGAGUUUUGGGCGGUGCUGGACGAAAUCGAUGAGAGAACCUGGGUCCUAGAGCCGGAAAAUCCGCCCCGAGGAGCAACCAUGCGGAGAAUCGCCAUCGCGAACAACGUCUCAAUAAAGUUGGAGAUAGACAGCAGACACCCAAAGAUGUUGCCUGAAUGUUGCCUGCUUGGAGCAGAGCAUGUCGUGACCCCUCUGAGAAGUAAACUGAACGCCAACAUGCAUUUAUGGAACCCGGACUGCAGCGUGCUGCAGAACCUGAAGGAUGUUUUGGAGAUCGAGUUCCCCUCUCCUACCACCCACAAAAAAUCUAGUUUGAGCGCGGAGUGCGGGAUCUGCUACUCCUACCGCCUGGACUCGGCCAUCCCGGACCAGGUGUGCAGCGACCCGCGCUGCGGUCAGCCCUUCCACCAGGCCUGUCUGUACGAGUGGCUGAGAAGCCUUCCGUCCUGCAGGCAGAGCUUCAACACCAUCUUCGGCGAGUGCCCCUACUGCAGCAAGCCCGUGACGGUGAAAAUGAGCCUGCAGAAGCCCUGAGCCCCCGGGUCAUAGCCUCGCCGGCCCCCGGUCCGCGUGAGGCAAGAGGACCAACAGGAGGGAGAGGAUGAGGAGGAAGAGGAUGACGAAGGCUCCGCCCCACUGUCCGAGCCCCCCGGGGGCGUCCAGCCUGCGGGGGCGUCUUUCCCUGAGAUUGUACGGGUGCCGGGGCGGGGCCGGUUUCUCCGGAUCGGGUUCCUCGUCCCGCUCGUCUGCCCCGCCCUCCCCCUCAGCCUGCACCUUUCUGAUGGCUCCUUUCGCUUGCGGCUUCUUCUUCUGAAAUACGGGUGAAGAUUAUGCUGUAAGACGUGGUGUUUCCUUUGUGCGUUACAUUAAAUAAGCUGUACAAGUAUAAAAACACA